ACAUCGCGAAGAAUUUUAAUUCUUUGUUAAAAAAUAACGUCGAGCGUUAAGCGCACGUUGGUACUUGCAACACGAAAGAGUAAUCGAUUCCUUUCCGCCCUUACUUUUCUCCAAAUCGAGCAUUUCCAUCGUGAAAGUAUCAAGGAGAAAUAAUUAAAGAAAAGAAGGAACGCUACUUCAGGUAGCGAGUGUGCGUAAAGAAACUGGAGGGUUUAAAGGGAAUUAAAGAGAAAGUAAGACGGUAAAGGCAGCAAGUAUGCGCUGCCUGUUAGAAAUACUCGUAUAGCGUGUAAAACCAUGAUGGGUUUAAAAGACAUUAAAAUGCUUUCAUCGAUGUAUUACCUUGUCGUAUCCGAUGUAUAUUACCUUCCGAGGAGAAAUUUCGAAAGGUGCGUUCCAUAAUUUUUUUUACCGUACUUCUCUACUGGCAAUCAGUCGCCAGUCGAAAUAAUACAGUGUUACAGGGUAUAGACGCACGGUAGUUUGCGAUCGAACUGACGUAGGUAAUAAACCCAGAAACGCCUGUCGGGGCCAAUACACCCACCUUCUUUUAUGGGGCAACGAACUCUGUAUAUACUCUCUGUAUCGUACUGUAUCACGAAUCAUGGUGUCACUCACAACCUAUCCUUUAUUCGCAUACAUUAAGUCUGGAGAACCACCACCGAUCCAUUGAUGAAUCGUUCGUAAUUCAAAUCAGGAAGCUCGUUCUCUGAUUUCGUUCAAUUUGUUCCAACAGGUUGUUUAAUCGAAUUAUUUCCUAUUACAUAUGGAUAGAAUAUUCCGCAAUUAUCUGUCGACACUAGUCGAUCGUCGAUAUAUUACAAAGAUCAGAUUAAGAGGACUAAUCUUGCAAAGUGAUAGAAAUACUACCGAUGUUAAUACGAUGAUAUUUAUAUAGUAAAUGUAUGUAAUAGCGUAUACGGGGAAUACUAAAAUAUAUUACUGCUAUGUUUUUUAAUAGCUUAAGGUUAUAUCCUUGGUGGUUUCAUCAGAAAGCAGUAAAUGUCGAUUCUAAUUAUUAAUUCAUCGUUAGUUUGUACUCUAAUAAAAUUCAUAUACCGUUACCAUAAAUCAAUUAAACUGUCCCGAUACUUAUGGCCGACAGUGUAUGCGACUUUAGGUUCGUUCCAUUAUCGUAACCGUCAAAUUCGUUGAACUUUCUGAAAUGCUUCGAUAUGGUUUUACGUAAUAGGGCGAGCAACGAACUGUUUCUUAAUUAUCUCCUUUCGCCAAAAAUAUUUCGUUUGGUUCGUCGGCCCGUCCUGCAUCAGAUACAGGACGAUAAAAUGGCAUGCUUGCGAAGUACGAAAGUCGUGAAAAUAGCGUAUUAACAAAAUUAGCAUAAAAGGAGAAAGUCGCGGUCGUUGGCCGCACGACCACGUUUGGUUCGACUGUCGAAUCUGCGAAUUCUCGUGUGAACGGGUCUCGCAACAGAAAGAUCGAGAUAUGGCGACAACGUGCGACCGAUCGGACAUUCAAAAAGAAACUGUACUCACACACACAGUCUGAGGAAAAAGGAGGCAGACAACGGGUACGGGACAAGCAUCAACUGGGAAUAAAUCGAAUAUCAAUUUUUUUAUCUGAACAAAAAUGAUUCGUCCCCGAGUUUGUCUUUUUCCAGAAUAACGAAAGAACAGUCUGGCAUCUUUAAUUCCUGUUCAAUACGUUACACACAUACUAUACAAUUGCUGUAAGUCUAACUGUAGUUAUAUUCUAGAAAAAUGAAAUCGUGUUUGACAUUAUUUUUGUAGAACCUUUUAAUUUCUAUCCGACGAUAAAUCAAGACGUAGAUCAUUUUCUAGCCUCUAGACUCUAAGAAGAGCCUCCACAAAUUUAGCAAGGAUCAUUUCCGUUAUGAAGACUUUUUCAAUUCCUUUUGUCUUUCGCGUCGCUCGAAUCAGCCACCCUAUACGACUUCCUUCGAGACCAAUGUGUUAGCGAUAAUAGUUUCGUUAUAUUCUCGAUUUGCACGGGUACGCAUUAAUAGUUAUCGAACCAUUAAAUGCGAAGGAUUUUAAAGAGCAUGUAAAACUUACUAGUCAGUCAUCGUUUACCUGGUAGUUGAUAAAUAAUUAAAAUUGAAAGGCAGGAGCUGUUGGCUGAUCUUGACAUAUCGCAUUACGAUGCGACUCGCAUACGGGUGAAUAAACUUGAGAAAUUUAUCGAGGAGAAACGAUGAUCUCUCGCGAGCAAAGAAAAGGACCCUAACCUUGAUAACUGGAUCCAGCCAAUGACCCCAGUCGAUCGUUGCCCCGGUUCUACCUGCUUACCACAAGAAUUAGAGGAAAGAGGUAGAUAGACUGGUACCUAUGUGCCAAUCCUGCAUCUUGUUCCACCAUUAACCCUCCUUUAAAUAUGGUCACCUCCUACUAUAAUAUUCGUUUUAACAAUGGUGACUCUACGUUCACCGAAUAGCACAAAUAAAGAUGAAAAAUAAGAAUACAAGAAAGUAAAAAAAUAUGAAAAAGAGAAAAAGAGAAAAAGAGAGAAGAUAAAAAGGAAGAAUAGAAUUUCAGGUCGAUGAAUUAUCGAGUAGUACGAUAGGUCGAACGAAAAAGUGCAGGAACAAAUAGAGUAUAUGAAUGCAGGGAAAGGUGAAUCGUGGAGGACAGGAAGGAUCACGAAGAAAAGCUACGUGGUUCGUCCAUGAGGAUUGCGAUCAGCAUAAAGUUCGUUAUACCCUUCGAAGAGAGUUGACAAAAAGUCUGCGGUCAUCAACCAGCCUUGGAGAAAAAUCAUUUUAUCGAGUUCGGAGUAGUUGUCCUUAGGUUAAAUGAAAAAUAAUAAAAUUACAUUAAAAGGUUGAGCAGUUUAUCACCGGCGCGAAUUCAAUUCGAAUAGUUCACCUCGCAUGAAGGAGCGAAUAUGUUGAACUUUUGGAAGAGAGAGGAAUGUACAGAACAGAAUAGGUACAAUUGAAAAAGAUGUAAGAGUUUCGGUCAGUAAAGAGGUAGCUUCAAUAUUUAAAUCGUACUUAUUGAAAUAGGAAAGAAGAUAUAAAUUUCUUACGAAGACUACAUGGGGAGAAUAUAAGCCUUGUUUUGUUGAUUUUUAUGUCACUUUAUGAUUGAAAAGACGAUUAUUGCCAAACAUUCACUUAAUAAAACCUAAUAUAUCUACUCUUAUUAGCUGUUAAUACCUCACUUCGAUACGAAACUGCUAGCGAUAAAAGAUUGAAUCUCUCUAAAAUUAUCCGCAAAUAAAAGUUCAAUGGGGUGAAAUCGAAGGUGAUAUUGAAAGUCAAAGUAUUAUUCUCAUUGUAUUUUGUAUUUUUAAUAUAACUUUUUGAUGAAACUUUGAUUGACCAAUGUUUACGUAACAUUUUGUGCCUGAUUCUACCCAUAGAAUAUACCGACAAAGUAUAACUGCUAAACCGUGGGACAUAUCGUAACAUAUUACAUCUCAGGAACUGCAAUAGUUUCAAUUAACUUAUUGUGUUUGAUCGAGAUCUUAUUGCCAAGGAUAGUAAUAAGAACCCUUUUCACUCCACUCCACCUUUCCCUUUACUUUUCCUUCUAUUUUUCAAACCAACCCUUCGCCUUCGCCUUCGCCUUCGCCUUCGCCUUCGCCUUCGCCUUCGCCUUCGCCUUCGCCUUCGCCUUCGCCUUCGCCUUCGCCUUCGCCUUCGCCUUCGCCUUCGCCUUCGCCUUCGCCUUCGCCUUCGCCUUCGCCUUCGCCUUCGCCUUCGCCUUCGCCUUCGCCUUCGCCUUCGCCUUCGCCUUCGCCUUUGCCUUCGCCUUCGCCUUCGCCUUCGCCUUCGCCUUCGCCUUCGCCUUCGCCUUCGCCUUCGCCUUCGCCUUCGCGUCCCUUUGAAAUUUUCCAGUGGCGAAGGAAGAUGUAGUUAAAAUAUUUACUUGCGGUUCACAGCUUCAAAAAAGAAGUAGUUGAGUAGAUUCGCGUUAGAUCGCUAAAAUAUAUUGUGCUUAUACAAUUUCUGCUGACCAUAGAGAAAGAGAAGAAGCAAGCUUAGCGUUCGUCUAAACGAUGGUGUCACUACAGUGACGGCAUUUGCAAAGACAAACAGUUCCAGAUAUAGUGUUUAACUCUGCGUAAUCAUGUAAAUUGUAAGUAACAUAGAUACGGAAGUAAAUUAGAGUAAUCUCAUAUACAGAGUAAAUCUCUUAUAUUUAUACAUUAGGUUAGAAUUAUGGAAGACUGACUGAUUAACUUCUAGGUAACAUUAGGUAGAAUACAGUGCGUAUACGUAUGCAUAUCUUACAAUGUUAUCCUGUAAGUGACAUUAGUGAAAGUUGUAAGUCUGAUUAAGCUUAGAACCUCGAGAUAGAUGUCUCUUCCUAACCUUUCAAAGACCUUCUAAAUCUCUUCAAAAAGAAAAAAAAAGCCAAAAAACGGGGUACCCACGGUCAAGUUCCACAAAACAAAUCAGGUAACGCAGCAAACAUCGUUUCAGAAGAUUCAAUCGAAUCGCUCGAUGCUUCGUCGCUGCUUCACGAACUGAUUCACGAUGAACUUCAUUUACGCGAUAUUCGUUUUAUUCGUUUCCGUUCUUGUAUACGUCUUCUAUAUAAAUCGAAAGGUACGUCGUCUACCACCUGGUCCUUGGCAACUUCCGAUCGUCGGCUAUCUUCCAUGGAUCGAUGCAAAAAAACCACACGAAACUCUGACGAAUUUAGCCAGAGUUUAUGGUCCUAUAUGUGGAUUUCGCAUGGGUUCCGUUUAUACUGUUUUAUUGUCGGAUCCUCAAUUAAUAAAGCAGACCUUCUCGAAAGAUAUGUCCACCGGUAGAGCACCUUUGUACCUUACACACGGAAUUAUGAAGGGAUAUGGUUUAGUUUGCGCGGAGGGAGAACGGUGGAAGGAUCAGAGAAAAUUCGUUAGCAAUUGCUUACGAAACUUUGGAAUGAUAAAACACGAAGGACCAAAGCGAGAGAAAAUGGAGAAACGAAUAUCCGAUGCAGCAAAUGAAUGUGCAACGGCACUGAAAAAUCGCGGGGCAAAUGGACCGAUCGAUCCACUAAAUACGCUUCAUCAUUGUAUGGGUAAUCUUGUUAAUAGCAUCGUAUUUGGAAAAACCUAUAAGGAGGAAGACGAAGUUUGGAAAUGGCUAAGACAUCUGCAAGAAGAAGGAGUGAAAGAAAUUGGUGUCGCUGGACCGCUCAACUUUUUACCUUUUCUCAGAUUCUUACCACGAUACGGCCGAACGAUACAAUCGAUCGUCGAUGGAAAGGAGAAAACGCAUAAAGUAUAUCGGGAAAUACUCGAAGAACACCGUGCACAGAUCGCGCAAGCAUCAGAAAAUACGGAUAGAGUCGAGAGCUUUCUGGCAGCAUUCGACGAACAAAUGAGGAAAGAAAACGGUACAAAAUCCGAGUUUUUCACAGAACCCCAACUGUACCAUUUAUUAGCAGAUCUUUUUGGUGCUGGAACUGAUACUACUUUGACCACCUUUCGUUGGUUUCUCUUAUUCAUGGCUACCCAUCCUACGGAGCAGGAAAAGGUACAAUCGGAGAUGGAUCUAUGUUUGAAGGAAGGGGAGCAGCCGACUCUAGACGAUAGAAUCGCUAUGCCUCGUCUCGAGGCUGCUAUAGCCGAAGUGCAGAGGAUAAGGACUGUUACACCACUCGGUAUUCCUCAUGGAACAUCAGAGGAUAUGCGGAUAGGUGAUUACGAUGUACCACGCGGUACCAUGAUCGUGCCGAUGCAGUGGGCUAUUCACACCGAUCCUGCUUACUGGCAAGAUCCUCUCGAAUUUCGACCCGACAGAUUCCUAUCCGAUGAUGGAAGUUUCUUCAAACCGGAAUCGUUUCUCCCAUUUCAAAGUGGAAAACGCAUUUGCGUGGGAGAGGAACUCGCUAGGAUGAUACUAUUUUUGUUCGCCGGGAGGAUACUGCGCGCAUUCGUUAUAUCCGUACCACCGGACGAGAUCGUCGAUCUCGAAGGCGAUUGUGGCAUUACGUUAGUUCCGAAACCACAUCGCUUGAUGUUCGUUCCACGACAUCAUUAAUUAACGAUUAUAAUCAAUAAAUUGUAUGUAGAUCUAAUAGAACGGCUAUUGUAAUCUGAUCGAUCAUCGUUACAAGUUACAACUAUCACAAGCGUGUUUUACGAAAAUAUAUACUUUUCAUAAUUAACCUGGUCGAACGAUCGAUCGUUUAGAAAGUUUUCGUCCAGCGGAUAAACGAACGACUCUUUCGUUUCUCCUUUUCUCAAUCACGCCCCCCCGUUCCCCUCUUCCCCCCUUUGUUGCUGUUCGCUCCUUUUUUGUAUCUGUCUUUUUUCUUAAAUACCUGUUCUUUCGUCUUGGUCGAGCUAUAUCGCCUGUCAUCCCGAAAGUUCAGCUUCCGCCCACAUUCCCGUCCCUCCAUCUCUGGCUCUCUUAAUCUUUUCGUCAACAGGUAUAUUCGCGAAUUCGGAAAACACAAAAUCGAUUCCCCGUAACGCACAAAAGGUAUCCC